AUGUCAACAGCAUCAGUUGCAACCAUUACCGUCUCCGCUACAGUACUGCUGUGUUCUUUACUCGUACCGUAUUCGGUUGCGUUUAGUAUUCGCGAUUUCAUCAAAGGAGACAAACGUACAAGCGAAGCAACACCAGAUAUUCUUGAGAAAUUCCCGUGUGGGCCUGUGAAGGUUGAAAAUGGUGACUUGUUUGCAGUGAAUUGUCCCACUUGGCAUCCAUUCCAAUGUCCAAAUGGUGACUGUGUUCCGAUCAAAUAUCUUUGCGAUGGAUCACCUGACUGUGGCGAUGAAUAUGACGAAAACAAGAGUAUGUGCACAGCUGCGACUCGGCCACCCGUCGAGGAGACAGCCUCAUUUCUGAAGGCACUUCUGCAUGCACACGGAAGUAAUUUCUUAGAAAAAGUAUUCGGACCGAAAGCAAGAAACCAACUCGAGGGAAUGGGUGGUGUUGACAAAGUUGCCGUCGCAUUAUCACAAUCACCAACGAUCGAGAUAUUCGGGGCAGAAAUGAAUUUUACGGAAGAUGAAAUGGAGAAGAUGACCGAUUUAUUGGCCGAAAUCGCAUCCGGCUCUAAUGCUGGACUGACCAAAAACGAGGCAGACGAUUUUCGAUUUUUCGUGGAAAAGUUACAUGAUACUGGAUUCUUUUAG